UGUGUAUAAGCGCAACUAUGCGACCAAUCACAGUUGAGUUAUAUGUCGUACAUCAGCCAAUAAGGAGUGAUCAUCGCUUUCGAUGAGCAACAAAUUGUUGAGAUCGCAUUUGAUGCAAACUUCUUAACGAUUCCAAGAUGUCUUUAGUCAUACUUUGGCCGUCGGAAAACUAAGGUUUAAUAAUGAGCACUAAUAACUUACCUACGCGAUCGUUUACGCAUAUCGACUUUUCUUCGACCGAAAUAGAGUCAUUUUAUAAUUGCAGUUGUUACAACUUUGAUAUUAAGACCACACAAUCGAAUUACUAUGACAAUAAUAUAAGCAUUCAAGAUUCGAUCAAAAUUCGUAAUUGUUUUGACUGUUUUAAUCAAAGCUAUUCGCGUUUAACCAACAACGGUCAUUCUGCUGAACCGAAAAUCUCGACAGAAUGGAAUAAUUCCACCACACCAGAUCAUCCUUGUAUAUUAAAUAUGCAAAAUUUUCUUUCAAAUUCAAAUAACCCUUCAAUUGAUGCCAAAUGCUGCGAACUUCAACUGACAGCGACUACAAAGCCUAGAUGUGUGACUGGAUUCAAAACUCAUAUUGAAGACGUUACACUGGAUGAAGUAUCAACAAUUUUGAAUGUUCCUAAUGUUGCUGGAAAUCGAAAAGAGAGAACUGCGUUCACCAAAGAACAAAUAAGAGAAUUAGAAGCAGAAUUUGUGCAUUCAAACUAUUUAACACGCCUCAGAAGAUACGAAAUAGCUGUCGCUUUAGACUUGACAGAACGUCAGGUUAAGGUGUGGUUUCAAAACAGACGCAUGAAAUGGAAGCGUCUUAAAUUGGAGUCCCAAGCUCAAAAUACGGUUGAAUUUCAACAAACGAACACUCAAAUGGUUAUUUAA